AUGGAAGGGAAAGGGUCGAGCAUUGGGGCCACUGCGGGUAAUGCAAAUGACAAAGACAAACAACCUCCCAACAAAGGUUCUCGAGGACGAUGGGCGUUGCUAACCGGUGUUCUCUCUAUUGCACUGGGCUACUACUUUGCUUCAGUCUCCAUAAAACCUUCAAGCACUGUUAAUGUCCAUAUCCUUUGCUCAAAGGAGGGAAACAAAAUCUACACAGUGGAUGACAAGAACAGUCAAACACAAUGUGUCGUUUUCCAGGGAGCUUACGUGGUCGACACAGGAUCUUUGGAGACUAUCACGGAUGAAUGGGUCGAUUCGGAAAACGGGAAAAUUUCCGCGCCGUACACGUUGCAUUUUAAUUUCAUUCCACCGGGCGCGAUCAUCCUUCCGGGCAUAAGCGACUCACACGCCCAUAUAUUAGAAUAUGGAGCCGCCCAACAACUUUCUUUGGAAGGAGCGAGAUCGAUCCCUGAUGCUGUGGCUCGCAUCAAAGAAUUUAUACUUUCGAAUCCGGACAUACUCGAAGAUACCUCCAAAUUUAUAACAGGUGGUGGAUGGGAUCAUACGGUCUGGCCCACAACUGGAUGGCCAAGUGCUGUGGACCUUGAUGCAGAUAGCAUCGUUCGAGGAAGGCCUGUUGUUUUGCAAAGCAAAGACUGUCACGCACUUUGGGUGUCAAACAAAGCCCUGGAAGGAAGCUUACCGUUACCAGAAUCUGUCGAGGGGGGAAUCAUCGUCCGGGAUGCUUCUGGUAACCCUACCGACAAUGCCCAAGACCUCUUGAAGCAACCAGAACUCACUGAAAAUGACUUGAUGAGGCGAUUCAAAGUUGCCGUUCGCGAUGCUCAUCGUUAUGGUAUAACAUCAAUCCAUGAUGCUGGACUCGAUCCAAAAUCCCUCGCCUUCUUCAAAAGACAAUCCGAAACCGGGACUCUACCUCUUCGCAUCUAUGGAAUGACUUAUUUCCACGAAAGUGAACCAUAUUGGGGGAAUCUAAGCACUCCUAUAAUGGCGGAUGGAAACUCGAGACUGAGUGCUCGCAGUGUCAAAAUAUUUGCAGAUGGAGCUCUUAGAACAGGGGGCGCAGCGUUGUAUGAACCGUACGCUGACAAUCCCAGUACUAAUGGCUUCAUGCGCCUGGACCCGGACAUACUAUUCAAUGUCAUACCUAAGUUUUUGAAAGAUGGCUGGCAAGUCAACGUACAUGCAAUUGGAGAUCGCGCCAAUGGCAUUGUCUUGGAUGCCUUCGAGGCGUCCUUGAAGGGGGUCAAUGUGACUGCUCUUAGGCCACGACUUGAACAUGCACAGAUGAUGACUCAAGCUGAUAUGCUUCGUCUUGGGAAACUUGGAGUAAUUGCCAGUGUUCAGCCCACACAUGCGAUCAGUGAUAUGUGGUAUGCCCAAGACCGUCUGGGUCCUGAAAGGGUGAAAAGACUUUAUGCAUUUCGAUCACUGGUCGACAGCGGUGCAAUGCUCACUCUCGGUUCGGAUGCCCCAGUUGAGACUCUGAAUCCUAUCUCCAACUUUUAUGCCGCGAUUACUCGGAAGUCGUUCACUGGAGAAUCACCUCAUGGGUCUGAUGGAUGGUUUCCGGAACAAAAAUUAUCACGAAUUGAAGCUUUAAGGGGUAUGACCAUUAACCCUGCAUUCGCUUCUUUUACAGAGACCUUCCUUGGUUCCAUUGAAGUCGGUAAACGAGCCGAUUUCUCUAUAUUAUCGCAAGAUAUAAUGACCGUACCUACGGAGGACAUACUGGCAACCAAAGUUCUAGCUACUAUCAUUGAUGGGCAAUUUGUUUUCGGAAAGAUAUGA